UACCAUUUAUUCAUCCUCUCUAAUUUCGUUCAUUGUCGUUGUUUCACAUAAUUUAUAUAAUUGACCAUGUAAUUUUUAUGUUUGCUUGAAAUUUAAAUCACAAUAUAUUAGAUAUUUAAGACUUUCAUAAGCAUUAUUACACUAAUUAUUUUAAGUAUCUGCUGAACUUGGAGAAUUUAAAUAAAACCUGUUGUACAAAUUUAAAUGAAACAUGGAUAUAAAGUCUCUCCUCAAACAGAGGCUACAAAAAUUAAAAGCUGCAGAUUCAGAAAACAUCUCGAAAAAUGAGAAGAUUGAAGAAUCACACUUUCAACAGUACCUACAGGAAUGGGGAGUAAAGACUGAACCAAGCCAGGGAGUCCCAAAAUUUUUCAAUAAAAUACCAAAAGAAACUGAACAACCACUUCGUUCUAAGUUACGUGAAGAGAGUCGGUCAAACCUUUUGAAAAGAAGAAGUCAGCAGCUAUUAGAUAAUAAUGAACUGAAAGAACUUUGGGUGUUACUUGACCGGAAUCAAAGUUUUCCAGAUGAACAGCUAAUCACUUAUGCGGAUUUCCAGAAAGUUGCUUUCCUAGCAGGAUCAAAAAUUAGACCAUAUUUCACUCCGAUAGUUUUUGCUAGGCUUCAACAGGGCGACUCUCAGGGAAGAGUUUCUAUUAUGUCCCUCUUUAAUUAUGUGAUGCGUAAAGUGUGGUUAGAUCAGACUCGUAUAGGUUUAUCCUUAUAUGAUGUCAGUGGACAGGGAUAUUUAACUGAAAGUGAUUUAGAAAAUUAUAUUACCGAGUUACUGCCAACUUUGCCUCAGUUGGAAGGUCUCGAAAAAUCAUUCCACAGCUUUUACGUCUGCACUGCUGUCAGAAAGUUCUUGUUUUUUCUCGAUGUAGUGAGAGCAGGUCGGGUGAGGAUCUUAGACGUUUUGGCUUGUUCUUUUUUAGACGAUCUCUUGGAACUCAGGGAUGAAGAAUUAAGCAAGGAGCUGCAAGAACAAAAUUGGUUUAGUGCUCCAUCUGCUCUUCGAAUCUACGGACAUUACCUAAAUCUUGAUCGUGAUCACAACGGAAUGCUUAGCAAGGCUGAGCUAGCUGGGUAUGGGACAGGAACUUUAACUAAACCAUUUUUGGACAGGGUAUUUCAGACCUGUUUGACGUAUGGGGGUGAAAUGGAUUAUAAAACUUACUUGGAUUUAGUACUAGCUUUGGAAAACCGCAGUGAACCUCAAGCUCUGGCUUUCCUAUUUAGAAUAUUGGAUAUAAAGAAUUGCGGAUACUUGGACGCUUUUACAUUAAAUUACUUCUUCAGGGCGAUACAAGAACAGAUGAAGGCGCAUGGUGCAGAGCCUGUAUCAUUUCAAGAUGUUAAAGAUGAACUUUUUGAUAUGGUCAGGCCUAAGGAUCCGGAGAAAAUUACCUUAGCGGACUUAUUAGCAUGCGGACAAGGCGACACAUUCAUAAGCAUUUUAAUAGAGUUUCACGGUUUCUGGGCUUAUGAAAAUAGGGAGGCAGUGUCUUCGGAGCCAUCUCAAGAUUGAUUUCCUUUCUCUUUAAUGACACAAAUUUAUAGCUGCUACAAUUUUUGUAAUAUGAAAUUCAUUGCCCCAGUUUUCUGAUAUGACUUUUCAGUAUUAAUUGAGAUUAAAGUUUUAAUUUGUAAAUAGUCGUACAUCUAAUUCUCAUAGGAAUUUACUAUAUAAUUG